UGUAGAGUGGAUAUGGAUACGCCGGAAUCGACCUUACAAGAGACCGGAGCAAGAAUUCGUGGGGCCCACCAUCGGCCGAUCAGGCAUCGGCCGGUACAUGGAACAAAGUGAAGGACUAUGUUUCGUUGUCCAAAUUCUCUGAACGAAGCAUGACGUUAAUGAAGAAGAAAUCGGAACCCCCUUUGAUUAUCUCCGCUCCGAUAUUGUCCACGAGUUUUAGUGACACAAGCGGAAGGUUCAACAACAUCAUACCGAAUUCUCUGCUCGAAAGCAUUUCACGCGAUGCGAUAGCCGGAAACCAACAGCACGAUAACACUCAACAAACUGCGGAGGAUAGAUUCCUCGAGAAACUUGCGCAGGAAGCUACCCCGGUCGAUCAUUUCAAGAAAAACGGUGUUGGUAUUAACUCCAACUUUUUCGAAGAGAAACAGUCGAAACAAGAAAAGAUUAUGGACGAGACCAUGAAGAAUUCUAUGGAGAAAAUAUCGACUCCGAAAUUAUCGGAAAACGUUAGUAAAAAUCAAGUUCCGACGAGGAGCGACUCUUUAGUUCCGAAUAGGAAAAUACCGGCAGUUCCUUUGUCGAACAAAGCUCGGUUGAAGCAUGCAAAGUCCGAAAAUAUAAUUGGUUCGGCGAAAUCGGAUUUAGUAGAUACACCACCACAAAAGAAAUCGGGUAAAAUUAGUGCGGUUAUCGAGAGAAAAGAUUCGAAGAAAAUUGAUAUUUACGAGGGUCAAAAGGAUUGGAAAAUACGAGCUGAGAUGCUCGAGGAGGAAUUGAGGGAAGCGGCAGCUGUUGAGGUUGGUUUAUAUUCGGUAGUUCCGGAACAUUCUAGUUCGGUAAAUAAAGUACACGCGCCAGCUCGUCGAAUUUCAAGAUUUUACAAAAAUGCCUGUGGGUUAAAUUGUCGAGCCAAACGGGCUAGUGCUGCAAGAGCUGCUGUGUCUGGAUUGGUUCUCGUUUCUAAAACAUGCGGGAAUGACGUUACGAGUAAAAUUUCAGUAAAUGAAAACUUAAUCGUAUUUUUUUGUUUUAUAUAUAGGCUGACAUUUUGGUUAUCGAAUUCGAUAAUGUUGAGGUCGAUCGUGAGCCAAAUUGCUACGGAAUUGCCUGGUUUGAAAAUCGAGGAGCAAAAGUCAAAGUCAACCGAAGAAUCCGACGACUGUGAGGACAUCUUGACAUUCAUUAUGGCGCUCGAGAAAAUCGAGUCUUGGCUGUUUUCGCGGAUUGUCGAGUCCGUAUGGUGGCAGGUUUUUUUUUUUUUUUUGACUAGUUUCUUGUUUGAUUUACGAUGUUCUUCGAUUAUUAUGUCUAAUUAUCCAACGGUUGUGAAAGGUGGUAACAGAGACAAAGGCUCGACUACAAAGAAAACGAGUAGCGGGCGGAAAAAUAGUUUGGGAAAUCAAGAGCAGGCAAAAUACUCGAUCGAGUUAUGGAAGAAAGCAUUUAGAGAUGCGUGUGAAAGGCUUUGUCCUAUUCGAGCAGGCGGACACGAGUGCGGCUGCUUGUCUGUGCUCAUUAUACUGGUAAUGGGGCAGUUAGUUAAUAGGCUGGAUGUGGCGAUGUUCAACGCGAUUCUACGUGAAUCUGCUCAAGAAAUGCCGACGGACCCUGUUUCAGAUCCCAUUAGUGAUUCGAAAGUCCUCCCGGUGCCAGCUGGCAAAUCGAGCUUCACUGCCGGUGCACAGUUGAAAAAUGUCGUAAGUACUGCACAAAUAUUUCAGACAACUGUAUUUAAGAUUGGAAACUGGUCGAGGUGGCUGACCGAUCUCUUCGGAUUAGAAGACGACAACGACAAUUUUACCAAUCUUGAAAACAGCACUAUUCAUAGACCGAAAUCUUUCAAGGCAUUUCGACUCCUCCACGCGUUAAGUGAUCUAAUGAUGCUUCCGUUUGGAAUGCUCGCCGAUAUUUCGACCCGAAAAGAGGUUUGCCCGAUGUUCGGUCCUUCAAUAAUCAAAAGGGUUCUAAAAAAUUUCGUCCCCGACGAAUUCAGCCCCCAUCCUAUUCCACGUCACAUAAUCAACGCAAUCAAUUCCGAGGUUAUAUAUUAACAAAUU